AUGUCAGCAAAUAUAGACCAACUACAGGAAAACAUGUCAGCAACAGGAGCACCUUUAAAAGGUCAUCCUAUACAAAUAGUAGUGGCCAAUGAUGAUCAUACAUUUGAAUUAAACGAAGAAGCGUUAGAAGAAGUUUUAUUACAGCCUCAUAUACGAAAUAAGAAAGUUGUGGUGGUAUCUGUGGCAGGAGCAUUUCGUAAAGGGAAAUCCUUUCUUUUAGAUUUCUUUCUAAGAUAUCUAAGUGCAGAUUGUUCUCCAGAUUGGAUGGGUGAUGAAAACUCUCCAUUAGAAGGAUUUUCAUGGCGUGGUGGUUCAGAAAGAGAUACUACAGGAAUAUUAUUAUGGAGUGAGCCGUUUGUUUGUCGCUCAGGUAGUGGGCAAGAUUUAGCAGUAUUAUUAAUGGACACACAAGGUGCUUUUGAUAGUGAGUCUACAGUUAGAGAUUGUGCUACUGUCUUUGCUCUCAGUACUAUGUUAAGUUCAGUUCAGGUUUUUAAUUUAACCCAAAAUAUCCAAGAGGAUGACUUACAGCAUUUACAAUUAUUUACAGAAUAUGGUAGAUUAGCAUUAGAAGCUAAUGACAAUGUUAGUAAACCAUUUCAAAAAUUAGAGUUUUUAGUGCGAGAUUGGAGUUUUCCAUAUGAGGCAUGUUAUGGAGAAGCUGGUGGUAAAAAAAUCAUGGAAAGAAGAUUAACAGUCUCAAAUAAACAGCACCCAGAAUUACAACAAUUACGAAGACACAUCAGAUCAUGUUUUGAUGACAUUUCAUGUUUUUUAUUACCACAUCCUGGUCUAAAAGUUGCUACCAAUCCACAUUUUGAUGGAAGAUUAAAAGAUAUUGAAGCAGAUUUUACAGAACAGUUGCAAAUAUUAGUGCCUUUAUUAUUGUCAAAAGAAAACUUAAUAGUAAAAGAAAUCAACGGUUCACAGAUUACAUGUCAAGAUCUGGUUGAAUAUUUCAAGGCAUAUAUCAAUAUUUAUCAAGGUGAAGAAUUACCAGAACCCAAGUCAAUGUUACAGGCAACAGCUGAAGCAAAUAAUCUAGCAGCAGUUGCAGCAGCUAAAAAUUGUUACACAAAAGAGAUGGAAGAUGUUUGUGGUGGUGAUAAACCUUAUAUUAAUCCAGAAAUGUUACAUCUUGAACAUAAAAGAGCCUUUGACAGAGCCAUGGAAUUAUUUGCCUCAACUAAAAAGAUGGGAGGAGCUGAAUUCAGUGAAGCCUUUUCAACAAAAUUAAAAAUCGAGAUAAAGGAAGCGUUCGAUCAGCUAGUGAAACAUAAUGAAACUAAAAAUAUCUUCGCUGCAGCUCGAACGCCGGCGGUAUUAUUCACAGUUAUGGUAGUGUCUUAUUUAUUAGCUGGCUUAUUUGGAGUUGUUGGACUUGAAUCAGUUGCUAAUUUAUUAAAUUUAAUCAUGGUUGGUUUUCUUGUGUUAAUGGCUACGUGGUUAUAUGUACGAUAUUCCGGAGAAUAUAGACAUGUAGCAGUACAGAUAGACCAACUUGCCGACCAUAUUUGGGAAAAACGUGGAAAUAUAACAAUAAAUGAUGGACAAUCAGCCACUAACUCAGAUAUUAGCUCAAGCCAAACUCAAAUGAUCAUCCCAGUCCAGUGUUUGCCUUAUACCACCCUUAACUCAGUGAAUUUCUAUUUUAUACCAAUUUCUACCACCUUCAACUAUAAAUAUUGUUAA